GCCAGCUGGUCUCGCCGGUCUAUGAGGAGUUCCACCCCUGGUGUGAUCACACAGCUAAAUGACGGUACGAAAGGGAAAGCGGAUGGGCAUCUCCAUCCAGGAGCACAUGGCCAUCGACGUCUGUCCAGGUCCCAUCCGACCAAUCAGGCAGAUCUCUGCCUACUUUCCCCGCCUCUCCCCCACCUCCUCCAUUUCUGAUUCGCUGUCACCUAACCAGGCUGCCUGUCCGUCAUCCCCGUUGCUGGGGGGAGGCGGGGCCUCCGCGGUUGGUGGGCUGCUGUCUCCGAUGUCGCCGGGGGCAACUGGAGGAGGGGGAGGGACACUGUCGAUGAUGAGCAGUAUGGACACGUCCAUAGAGAUCGACAGUUGCGAUAGCGACGACAACACGUCUCUGGGUACUCUGGAGUUCGAUCUUCGUUACGAGACGGAAACUAGCUCAUUACACUGCACCGUCAUCCGAGCGAAGGGUCUUAAGCCCAUGGAUUUCAACGGCUUGGCGGACCCGUAUGUGAAGCUGCAUCUCCUUCCUGGUGCCUGCAAGGCAAAUAAGCUGAAGACAAAGACGGUGCGGAACACCCUGAACCCCAUGUGGAACGAGACUCUAACGUACUGUGGCAUCACGGACGAGGACAUGUACCGCAAGACACUCAGGGUGUCGGUGUGUGAUGAGGACAAGCUGACCCAUAACGAGUUCAUCGGGGAGACGCGGAUAGCCCUGCGCAGGGUCAAGCCCAACCAGCCCAAACACUUCAACAUCUGUCUGGAACACCCGCCGCCACUUCCUUCUCCUACUGCGAUGAGUGUGGCAAUGCGGGGGAUCUCCUGUUAUCUGAGAGAGUGGGAGACGGAGCAGCAGAGGAGUCUGGAGGAGCGAGGUCGUCUGCUGCUCUGCCUGCAGUUCCUGCCCCCCUCCCCCCCAGCAGAGGGCGACGAGCAGAAGAAAGAGGCCAAGGACCGCGCCAAGGGCGGCCUCUGUGUAGGGGUGCGCCGCUGUGCCCACCUGGCCGCCAUGGAUGUCAACGGAUUCUCCGACCCCUACGUCAAAACGUACCUCAAACCAGACCUGAAGAAGAAAUCGAAACACAAAACAGCCGUCAUCAAAAAGACUCUCAACCCAGAGUUUAAUGAGGAGUUCUUUUAUGAGAUCACGUUUACGGAGCUGACUACCAAAACCCUGGAGGUCACCGUGUGGGAUUACGACUUGGGCAAGAGCAACGAUUUCAUUGGAGGCGUGUCCUUGGGCUGUCAUUCACAGGGUGAGGCCCUCCAGCAUUGGAUAGACUGUCUGAAGAACAAGGGCCAGAAGGUGGAGCGAUGGCACACGCUGACCAAUGAGCUUCCGGGAUCCGCCGUGCAGGAGUGAAAAGAGGCGGGGCUACUUGGUCUCCUCAACAGGCGGCUCUGAUGUAUGCCGCCAGUUUGAUUGGUGAACGGCCGCUGUCAGUCAUGUGCUGACAAACGGGAACCACUGAGAUCAACACACUUAAGAGACACUGUCACCUGAUGGCAUGAGUUUCAUAUCAGGGAGAACAGACAGAGCUCCUGUUCACUUCACAACCCUGUGUUAUUUCGGCCAUUUCUCCUCCAGUUUGUUUUGCUCAUUUGGAUUUUAUCGUCAUGCUGUUCAGCACACAAGCACAGAGUGGCAACAAGACACAGACAGGCAUACAAUAAUUAUAAUAAUACUACUACUAAUAAUAAUAACAAUAACAACCUCUCUAAUAAUUAAUAAGUAAUAUUUUCUACAACAAUUGCAAAUAAUUAACAUUACAUGACCAUCUGUCCUAUACAUGUGAAAUGUAUUUUAAAAACCCAUUUAGAAUUCCAUCCCUAUCAUGGCAACACAAUCACUCAAUGCACAAGAAAGAGUUGAAAUAACUGUAAAAGAAAUGCCUAUGAUUUGGGUUCAAUGCAAUAUGUACUUCUGUUGCAAUAAGGUAUUUUUUUUUCUGAUUUGAAAAUGCUUCCAGGAAAUUCCAAGUGGUCUUAUGUUCCACAUAUGGGUGUUAAUAUAUUUGUUAGUGUUUGCGAAAUAACAAAAGGAUGGUAAGGAGAGACACUGUCUGUUUUGUUAAUGCACUUUUCAUGGUGUUGGCAUGGAACUACAGACAGCAUCAUGAAUCCUCAGCAAUGUGUCCCAUGAGGCCAAAGGGACCAGUGAUUUUUAGGACAGAUACGGGCCAUCGUUAGACAUGACGUGAAGCCCCCAUCAGCUGUUCUUAAUCAUUGAACCCCACGGCCUCAUAGGGCUUAUUGCUUUUCCAAAACAUUUACACCUACUACAUAUACCUGACAAGGUUUCAUGAAAAGUCACGAAAAGACAGCAACAACAAAUAUAGUAAUUAAUUUAUACAUAAUCAUUCUUCCGCAAAGAAAUAUGGCUCUUUUGGAGGAAUGGUGGCCAAGCAACGUAGAGAUGCAAUUCAGACACGCGUCGCAACUUUGUAGCGGUUUUAUGGGAUCAGCGUGAAUGGUUGCAGAGUUUUUUACAAUGGUAUCGAACACGAAUGCAUAUUCAAAGACUAUAUGUGUUAUAACUCUCAUUCUACACACCCGUUGUGUAAUACUGUGAUGACACCAAACUGACAUGGAAAGCAGUUGUCCAGUGGUUGGCGGUAUAACAUCUUCACACGCUACAGAUUAUGUCCACAGAGAGUAGCCUAACAAAUGCAUCUGUCAGAGCGCAACAUGUUGUAUACUGUAUCUUGAAAGAGUUUCAGAAAUGGCAGCAGUUUGUUCGCAUACAUGCACAUGGCCAGUGUUUUGAAAAAGAGAAACAUCUGGAACAUCUAUUAACGGAAACAAGCACACAGAAAUUAUCCAUGUCACCCUUACGCAGACAGCAAAAUGUCCCCAUGUUGCUUUAGGGCUGUGAAUCCCAGUGCAGAAUGUGAGUGGACUGUUCUGUGGACUGUGUUCGUUCUUGGCAUGCAGCUAGAUGUUCCUUUUGGUGGGUCUGUGUUUCUUCUGAGAUUUACACUACAUUGCUGUAGAGGUCACUUUUACCAAGCGUAUUCUAUGAGCCAUUUAUCUGACCUAUUGCCUUUGCAUAUGUUGUUUUGCGGAAUGAUAAACACAAACAACACAAAGAAUACAUGUUUUUACCUUCGCAUAAAAGUCUGAGAAUGCAAACUGUUAUUAUGAUUGACUAUUCUUUUUUGUUGGGCAUUACAAUACUUUAUUAUAGUUCUGAUGAUUAAAAAAAAUAAUGUGUUUGCUGACAUUGUUAAACUAUAAACUCCAAAGUUUCUGCCUCUCUGGAACCAAGCAUGCUUUUCUUUGUGAUGGUCAAGCAUGUUUUAUGCUAACGCUAAUGUUAACCCAGUCUGUGGAAGGUUAUAUGGUGUUUUGUCUUUCUGGUGAGUGUCUACAAAUUACAAUGUCGUCUGAGCAUCCCGAGCAUAUUCGCCCGUCAGUCACACAGCUUGGUGGGGGAAGAAAUGCAGCACAGCUGCUGAAUUAGCUGUUUGUUUUUUCUUUUGGACAGCAUUUGCUGAGCUAAGGACUGAGGUGGAUGCCCUCGUGGUUUUGAGUGUUUACAGCAAUGAAUGUCACCUCAUUUUAUAACAAUAAAAAGUAUUGUGUGGUC